CGAAUCUGGCAGUAAAUUUUGUUUAUUAUUAUUUUGUGCUUGCUAGUCAAAAGAAGAACUUAACUGUAAAGGCUCGCUCAAAGAUUCGAAAAUAAAAAUAUUUAAUUUAUUUGCUUUAAAUUUUCUUCCAGAUUCUCUCAUUUUAAUUUUCUAAAUCAUACAAUGUCUGAUGAAGAAUUACCUAAAGGAUGGGAGAAGAGAAUGAGUCGAUCAACUGGUCAAGCAUACUACUUAAAUGUGUAUACUAAAGAAAGUCAAUGGGAUAGACCAACAAAACCAGCUGAACCUGGACCUGGUACUGGAAAUUCAGUUGAUCAAGUGCGUUGCAGUCAUUUGUUGGUUAAGCAUAGAGAUUCAAGGCGUCCUUCGUCUUGGAGGGAAGAAAAUAUCACCAGAACCAAAGAAGAAGCAUUGAAAAUUAUUGAAGAGUAUUAUGAGCAACUAAUGAGUGGUAAAGCUAAUUUUGAAGAAUUAGCAUCUAAAUAUAGUGACUGCAGCUCUGCUAAAAGAGGUGGAGAUCUUGGACUCUUUGGCAGGGGAGCUAUGCAAAAACCUUUUGAAGACGCUUCAUUUGCUUUGAAGGUUGGUGAACUAAGCAAACCAGUGUUUACUGAUUCUGGUGUUCAUUUAAUCAUCAGAACUGCUUAAAAUAUUAGCUUUUUAAUUGAACUUGAGACUAUAAUUCUAGGCAGUUUAUUGCAAAUUAGUUGAGGUAUAUAAAGUUAAAAAUGAUUCAUAUCUUGCAUUAUAUCAAAAAGUUUUCUAUACUAUUAAUCAUUGCUUCAUUAGUAAUUUAAAUCAAAACUAUUUAGAACAUUAUUACCUUUCAAAAUUGAUGUGUGUUUAUUUAAAUCAGGAAUUUAAUUUAUUAAUACAGUCUGUGCUAUUUAGUAAGACACCCCAUUACAAUGAUUAUUCCAUUAUAACAACCAAUGCCUAAAGUUUAGUUUUCCAUUCUAUUGAUAUUAUGUUAUUUUAAUGCACAUCAUAAUGUCUGCCCUUUUUCAAAUAUAAUAGCAACUUAAAUUUACUUGCUUUUAAAUUUAGUUAAAUAAGUGGCUAAAACUUUUGUGUUUUAGAAAUAGAAUGUUUCAAAUGUAUGAGUUAAUUUAUCAAAUAACUUUAUUUUUUAUAUUACAGCACAUUAAAUGUAAAAUACCUUGAUACUCUUUAAGGAAAGGGACUGACUCUCUAGAUUUUAAUUCAUAGUGGUUCCUAUGAUUAAAUAGUCAGCCAAUAAUUUCAUAUCAAUAAUCAAAAAUAUAAUCACAUGAAAACUAUCAUGAACUCUUGUGUACAUUUAUUGGGUUAAAAGAAUGUAUGCUUUUUCUUUGUGAAGGACAAAUAGUAUCACAAAUCUUAUGGCAAUUAAUUCUCUGUCAUAUUAGCUGAAAAUUUAUUAGGCUAUAGUUCAAAACAUCCUAAGCAAAAGCUCUCAUUGACCUUAAGUCCAAAAAUGGUUAGUUUCCAAGAGACAGAGUCUUAACAUGAGAGGUAUGAGCAAUGCUCACUGUGGUUAAGAGAGUUUGAAGAGCGUUUGCUCACAGCAUUGGACUUUGGGUUCUUGCACAUAUAUUGAGAUUGUUAUAUCUCAAUGUAUGCAUAAUCUCAAUAUAUGUUCUUAUGAUAUCUACAGUGUCGAGUUCAAAUAACAUCAAAUAUCUACUAUGAUGCAGCGAAUCAAUUUCCUCAACAAAAUGUAAAUAAUAUUCAAAUAAUUGAUGACUACUUAUGUUUAUAGGUAAUAUAUAUUUGGCUAAUUCUAAGUAUUGUUUUGUGUAAACAAUCAGCCCUUAAAAGAGCAAAAUCUGAUCUGACAGCAUCCACGUGGUGCACAUUGGCUAAUGUCAUGAAGGUAUUGAAAUGAGAAUUACUAUUUACCUUUGAGGUUUCAUGUCUUAGAAAUAGUCAAUUUCUGAACUUACUGUUAAUGAGAACUUUUAAUCAGAACGUUUUGAACUACAAAAUAUUAUAUAAGGACAGAGAAUUAAAUUCCAUAAGAUUUGUGCAGGAUCUUUUUCUCUUCAUUUUUUUGAAAAUUUUAUAUUUUGGUUUUGUAAAAUUUUAGCCCUUUUAGAUGGUUUAUUUUCAAGCUUAAACAUGUGUUAUUCUCUCAUCUCCUUUGAGUUUUGUAUUGACUUGCGGGAAUAUUUCUUAGUAAUAGUUUUUUGAAACCAACACAUUUAUAUUACUUUUCAAUGUAUUUUCCACCAAUAAUUUAUUAUUUUAAAUUGUACUUUUACAUAUAUAUUGAUACAAACAAAUCUUAAAGCAAUUAUAACUGAUUAUUUUAUCAAUCUCCUAAUUUUUUAAAAUAAAGAUUUUUUUAAUCAAAAUUAAGCCAAUAUUUAGCUGCUAAUAAGUAAAUAUAUAUGGUAUUUUUGUGAAGUCGCUAUAUAAUGGACAACAGAGGUCCUUAUAUGGAGCGCUGAGUGUAUAAAUUUUAAAUUGCAUUAAGUAGGAUUUCUCUUUCUUAUGUUAGCAAUUAAAUUUUGCUUGAUACUUUUACUUGUUAAAAUGUCUUUUGCAAAUAUUUAAUGUUAUAUUAAUGCAUUAGUCAUGUAUAUAUAUGCAUAUUUUUUUCCUUUUUGUUUUAAUCUAUAAAUUAUCAAUUUAUUACAAGUUGUUAAAUAUUGUAUGUUGUUGAAAAGAUGUUAUAUAAUAGUAAAUAAUUACUAUCAAAAUGAUUGUUUUUGUCAGUCAUCUCUUAGCUUCCUAGGAAUUAUUCUAUUUUAUAAAUGAUAGUAGUUUGAAAAUAAUUCUUUCAAUAAUAAUAUCUUCCAAUAAUUUUUCAUUUAUUGUGUAGAGUUUAUAUUUUAUGAAAAUGUCUCUUACAUUAUUAAAAAUAAUUUUU